UUCCAUCUGUUUCAUCACUCGGUUCUUUGGUGUCUAUCUUGAUUUGUCUUAAUCUAGAUAUUCAGUUUAAAGUUCACACUUUCUCGGACAUUUAAGGGGUCAAAGGCCACCUGAAAGGUCAGCAACAUCUUAAACACAUGCGAGUGUGAAAAUCACUUUACUUGUAAAGACUCUUCUGUUUCUGUGAUACCUUCCUGUGAAACACGUGUAUUUAUCGUCUGCUCAAUGAGUUUCAGUCUAAGGGAUUUACACUAUAAUUGUAUAUAACAUGUGGAUUAUUUUUCUUAUGAUACUUUCUGCUGUUGGCUUGUCGAAAUCUCUUCCUGCACCAGUUGGCCACUCUUUGCUUUAUGAGACUGGUGUAUCCUAUAAGUACAGUUAUCAAUUCACAAUCCUACUGAAUGAAGAUGCGAACAUUACAAGUCGAACUCAGUCUCUUGGUAGAAAUGUGGGUUAUCGAGUUUCUUCAGAGUUUAUUCUUUCACCUAUUUGGCAAAGCCCAGAAAAUCCAAAGGAAAAGCUUUUAAAAUUAGAGUUAUUGAAACCUACUUUGCACGUAUCUUCAACCAUGCAUUCAAAUGAUGGUAUCAAUAGACAUUGGUCUAAAUUGGACAAUUUAUCCUAUCCACCGAUUUACAUUCAUUGGAAUGAUGGAAUAGUGAAAAAGGUUUAUGUAUUGCCAGAUUCUCCGUCAAUGAUAAAUAUUAAAAAGGGCCUAGCAAGUUUGUUUCAGAUAAAAGUAUCAAAUACUCCAGUGAAAGAGCUAGAUGUAUCAGGUACUUGUGUUGUUCAUUAUAAAGUGCAUGGUUCAACCAUUAAGAAAAACAAAUCCAACUGUGAACGUAUAAAUUUUCCUCUCAAGAAUACUGUAGUCAAUAAUGAGCUGUUGUCUCCUUCCAUAAGUGACUCCUCUGAAAUGAUUAUAAAUUUAAUCCCACAACAAAGUAUAAUCGAUUCUAUAACUGGAAAGGAAGAAGUUAUGAUGACUUUGAACUUAUGGAAACAGGCGGCUGUUUUUGUAAAAAAUAAAUUUCAUGUGAAGUAUGUUUCACAGUCUCAAGGCAGUCCUGUUUUAAGCGGCAAAAAUGUUGCUGCUAUUUUAAAUACAAUAUCCCAAGAAAUGGGAUCAAAAUUGAAAUCAGAACCUCUUGAAGUUACUACUGAAGCAGCACCUUGUCUUUCUAAAUGCAAAUCUGUUCGUGAAUUGGUGGGAGAAUAUGGAACCAAUUUACUUCCUGAAUAUAUUGGGGAAUUAAAGUCUGCAACUGGAUUUCUGAAAUUUUUAGAUAGCUUUAGAAAAGCUUCAAAAAAGGAACUUUUGAUGCUUUUUAAAGAUACUGAUGCCAGAAUAUUGACCCAGUUGUUGGAUGUGUUGGCUGCUGCUCAGACUGAUGAUUCCUUAGAUGUGGCUUUUGAACUCAUUGACUUUGAAAGUAAAGAUAUAGACAUAGCAGAAAGAUUCCUUUUGUGUCUCGCUGUAGUUCCAAAUCCUACUGAUGCACUGAUAUCUAAAACAUUAAAACUUCUGAAUAAAAAUAUUAAAUCUGAAAAGUUGCGGUCCACAAUUUUGGUUGCUCUAUCAUCUUUGAUGCGAACAUACUGUCGCAGUAAAACAGCUUGUUCUGAUUCGCUGAUAGUCCAAACUAUGAGUAAUCUUUUCUUGAAAGAGCUUCAAGGUUGCCAAAGUGCUAGUUGCAUUAUGAGCUAUCUGCUUGCUUUCCGAAAUGCUGCAUUACCUCAAUAUUUACCCGUGCUCUUAGAAUUUGCCAAAAAGGGAGGAGUUCUAGGUUUGAUGGCCCUUGAAGCUAUGAAAGAUAUUGGGGUUCAACAUUUUACACCUGAAAUCCACGAAGCUCUUCUGAGGAUUUACAACCAGUUUUGGCCUCAUCAGGAGCCUGCCUCACGAAUAUUGGCUGCAGAACUUUUAAUGAAAAGUAAUCCAACUAUACAUACCAUUGGUAACCUGGUGUUUUCUUUGGACAAUAGGGAACAGCCAGAGAUCAACUCCCUCCUUUUGUCAAAAAUCAAAAACUUAGCUUUGGAAAAUGAGGGCAUCAGGUCAUGUGUGAAGGAAAUUUUAAGAAAUGUGACAUAUGGGAACUAUCAUUAUAUGGCUCAAAAUGGCACAUCUUCUAGCAUAAUAAAUCUUUUGCAGGCAAGCCAUGAUGCAAAUACUACCUAUGGAAUAAAUGUGGAAAUGCGUCCAACUGGAAUGCUUAAAAGGACAAGUUUUGAUUUAAGCCUCAGUGGAGGAAAUCAUAAUUUACAUCUCAUGUCUUUAGGCUUAUUUGUGGAAGGAUUUGGACUAACGGAUGAAGAACAAAAAGAAAAUCCUGAAGAAGCCUCUGCAGGAAUGCAACUGUCAGUCCUUGGAGUUAAUCUGAGACCUUACAUAUUUUUCUCGGGCACGGGAGAAUUGAUGGGACUUGUAUGGUCUGGUGCUGGGAGUGAACCCACUCCAGCAGUUCAGGCAAAUUUCUUAUUGAUGGAUCAAACCCAUUCUGUUGUCUUACAAAAUGGUAUCACAGUAGAUUUAAAUCUAAAAGGUGCCUUGUCUGCAGAUGUCUCAGGAACUGUUGAAGUCUCCAUGUGGAAUAAGAAUGCACAUGCUGUAGUUAAAAACAGGGGAGCAUUGCUUGUAAAUGGAUUUUGCAGAGUAGACACAUCUUUUGUUGAAAGCCAUGUCGAUUUUGCUUUAGGUGGUAAUUCUGUGCUGAAUAUGGUUGUAAAUUUAGACUUCGCCCAUAAACCCAUGAAAAUUUGUUUGCAAAUAGAUCAACCUGAUUAUAUAUUUAGGCACAAUGUAAGAAAAACUGAAACCAUACCUGGAAGUAAGCACUUAAUUAAGACGUUGAAAAGACGAAGCAUGUAUUUUCCUGGAAAGUCGUUUAACUUGCACAGGAAGAAUUCCGACUCGUGUAGAGAGUUACUCAUUCCAAAGAAGCAGAAAUCAUCAUUCUGGUAAUGAUGAAGUUUUAUUUUACCAAAGUGACCGAGUACUUAACAAGAUGGAACUUAACUAACUAAAUGUGAAAAAUCAAAAGUAGAUUUAUUUCAUUCAUCUGAUAUUUUAAGAACAAUUUGUGUGUUCAGAUAUAUUCUCAAUCAUCCAACAUUUAUGGGACCAAAAAUAUUUCUAUUAACUUGAAAGUUAUGAUUGUGUCCAUAUUAUCAUUUGCUAUAAUUGAGAAUUAAUAUUUAAUACACCUUUUAAUUCAUCCCUGCUUACUAAAAGUGUUCUUUUUACAAGCAUAUUGUCUAUCAUUAAUUUCAUUUUUAAGUUUAAUUGAUACAAAAAAGUAAUAUUUUUUUGGCAGAUUUUUUAGUUUUUUCUAAAUUUUGCAGUUAAAGAGCUCAGUUUACCAUUACCGAAUUUAGUUUACCAUUAACAGAAAUGAAAAAUUGUUUCGUUUAAAAAUCUUUAAAACAGAAUUAAGUUCUUGACACAAAUAUUGUUUUAGCUAUUAAUACACUAAAAUUGAUAGCUAUUUACACACUUUUAGCACCUAAGAAAGACUGAUCAGCUUGUUGGAUAGUUGAGAGUUUACUAUAGUUUAAAACACACUAUUAAUAAAUUUAAAUCACGAAUUGCGAAAAUUUUCUAUUUCGAAAUUAUUUAAUGAAAAUUCAUUUCUGUUGCUCAAAAGUUAAAAUACAGAAUUCCAAAAAUAUGUCAUUGUUCUUAAUUUAUGUAACUUCUUCAAACCAGACUUUGAAUAUAACAAAAAAUGUUUAGUUUCUGGUUGCUUUGAUAUUUAACAUAAAUAAUGAAAGAAAUAACCCAAAAUGAGAAAAUUUAAUUCUCUGUAUGUCGUAAAAGUUGUGCAGCAAUAUGAAAUUUUUUAAUUUGGUGGUUAAAUUUAAAAAGAAAAGCUUUAUUUGAUUAUGAAAUAAUUCCAUGUUACAUUAUUUCAAUGACCUUUUAAUUUUAUGUACGUUUUUUGACAUUGCAUGUUAAAAUUAACAAAGCUGUACUUUGUUCAUGGCAUAAAUUUGACCAAUACUGGCUUUAAUAAACAUUUGCUUUCUGUAACUUAAUGAGAUUAAUGUAUAUUUUAAAGUGCCAAAAAGAUUGGUGAAACUUAGUUUUGUGAAUCAUUUAUAAUCUUCAUUGCUUUUUGUUAAAACAUGGCUUAUUUUUACUCACCAUUUAUAGUUUUUUUUAAUACAACAAAAAUAGUAUUUAUUUUGUUGUUCACUUAAUUUUAUAUUAUUUAAUUAUUGGAAGUGUGUAUUUUCUUCAGAUUGAUAUCAGCUAUUUAUUGUCAUAAAGAUAAUUCAUUGUUAUUUAAUUUAUAUGUUAUUUAUGAAUUUUCCUGCACCAAAGACUUCCUCAGUCUGAUGUUUUGUAAAAUAAAAUGCAAAGAGAAAAA